AUGUACAAAGUGGAUUUGCCUGUUGACCAGUCCGUAGAAAAGGCUGUGGACAGGCGUAGGUCUGCAGAGAUAACACGCAAGGCCCGGAUCUUCAACACUCGGCUCCGUGUGAUGGGCAUCGACAUUGAUGCUCUCAACCAACAGGUCCAGGAGAAAAAGCAUCACCAGAGCAUGGAGAGGCAGCGGGACAGAGCAUUUGAUAAGCUGAGGAAGUAUCAUGAUGAUGUGCUGCUGCAGCAAGACAUUGACGAGAGAGAGAAGCGGGGAGCUGUGCAAACCGACCUGACCCAUUAUUGGGCCACUCAUCAGCGUGUAGAGGACUCCAGAGAUGCUGAUCUCAAGUGUGGCCUGAAGGGGGCAUUCAGGAUCACCAUUCCAGAGGGUGAGCUGGGGCCUGCCAGUAUGCAAGUCUUUCAGGGAGAGGGAAUGGAAGAGGAGCAAAAGAGGAGAGAGCAAAUGAAGAGGACAGAAAGAGAUCUGCGAGCACAGAAGGAAGACAAUGAGAGAAGGCGCAUGGGAGACAAGCGCAGAGAGACGCUCGUGAGCAAAGAGCUGGUGCUUCAGGACCUUAGGGGGGUUCGGCUGUGUGCAGUAGAGGAGGAGUGUAAGAAAGCUGCCUGCAUCGCGCUUGACAACUACAAUCAAGCUCUGGCUGCAGAGCAGGCAGAGAAGCGGAGGGAGCGGCACAGGAGAGAGGAAAGGGAGAAUCUCGCCGAGAUCAUGCACACGAUGACGUCCGACAUGAUGACAGAGUGUGCAGAGGCAGCGGAGGGAGAGGUGAGAGGAGGAAGGCCUCCCCGGGUUCUGAUAGACAAGUGGAAGGGGAUGAGUCCUGAACAGCUGAGCGCCAUCCACAGGGAGAGAGAAAAACAGCGUCUUGAGAGGCAGAGACAACGUGAUGCUGAGAAGGCUCAGAAUGCAGCCUGGGGACUCCAGCUUCUGAAGCUGUCGAGAGCAGCAGAGGAGGAGGAGAGGAGAGAGGCAGAGCUGAGGAGGGAGAGGAGGAUUCAGACGGACCGUUACAACAUGCAGCUGGCCAGAGAGCAGCAGGCAUAUCAGGAGGAACUGAACAAGGUGCUGUACACCAACAAACCCACCAAGGACUACUUUUCUCAAUUCAACACCAGCUCCCGCUGA